CCCACACAGACAGGCACAGCGGUCCACGCUUCUCCCGUCCAUUUCCACCAGGCCAGCGACCCGCCGCCGCGGAGAUCGCUCGCUCGCUCGCUGUCGGCUCCGGCGCCGGCGCCGGCCAGGAGAUCCCUCCGCUCCUCCCCCUCCCUUCGCCCCCGAGACGCUCGGCUCAGGAAUUUUUGGUUGAUUUAAGAUGGACAGGGCUAGGAAUUUUAUACCUGGCCCUAAUCAGGAGCUUCUGGAUAUCAAGCCAAUAAGGUCUUUAGCUCCAAUGUUCCCUGCACCCAUGGGAGUCAACAUUAACCAGUCAAGCACCCCACCGUUGGUCUGUGUGACUCCUGUUGGCCAGUUUCCUACAGGAUUUGGUGGUGGAAACCUUCCUGCUUUUGGAUCAUUCGCCACCUUCAGUGUUACCGCGAAUGGUUUUUCGCAAGCAGGCACAAGUGCUAAUGGGGCCAUUGAUGCUACUCCUAUCUCAGCAUACAAGACGAGAUCAUCUGGGGCUACAGCACUUAAUGGUGACGAUGAACCUUAUUCUGGUAAUCAGACUUCAGCAUCUGGACGCAAGGCUAAGAAGAGGUCAGCUGGUUUGUCUGCUGACGGCUCAGAUGGAGUUAAGGUCAAGCGCCCUAAGCCUAUCUACAAGAAUCUUGUUGCUGGCAAGGAGCUUGCUUUCUUGCCAGCUUCACCAAAUAAUCCUAGGGAGAUUGUGGAAGCAGUUCAUAUGACCUUCGAGGCACUCAGACGUAGACAUCUUCAGAUGGAUGAAACACAGGAUGCUAGCAGACGUGCAGACCUGAAAGCUGGCGCCAUCAUGAUGGCCAGUAAUAUCAGGGCGAAUGUGGGGAAGAGGGUAGGGACUGCUCCUGGAGUUGAAAUAGGGGAUAUUUUCUAUUUCAGGAUGGAGCUAUGCAUCAUUGGGCUGCACGCUCCUAGCAUGGGUGGCAUUGAUUACAUGAGUGCUAAAUUUGGAGCUGACGAGGAUUCUGUAGCAAUAUGUAUUGUUGCAGCAGGUGGUUAUGAGAACGAGGAUGAUGACACAGAUACACUGGUGUACAGUGGUUCAGGGGGUAACAGUAGGAAUACCGAGGAGAGGCAUGACCAGAAGCUUGAGAGGGGCAACCUUGCUCUUGAGAGGAGUAUGCACAGGAAGAAUGAGAUAAGGGUUGUGCGGGGAUUCAAAGAUCCAGCUAUGGUAGCUGGCAAAAUCUACAUAUAUGAUGGCCUUUAUAAGAUCCAAGAGUCCUGGACGGAGAGAACAAAAUUUGGCGUCAAUUGCUUCAAGUACAGGUUGCAGCGUGAACCUGGACAGCGUGAUGGAGCUGCAAUAUGGAAGAUGACUCAGCGAUGGAUACAAGAUCCAUCGACAAGAGGCAGGGUUAUACUACGUGACCUAUCAUCUGGGACUGAAUCGAUCCCAGUGUGUCUCGUCAAUGAGGUAGACCAUGAGAAAGGACCUGGGCAGUUCACCUAUACUAAUCAGGUCAAAUACUUGAGACCCGUCAGUUCCAUGACACCCAUGCAGGGUUGUGGUUGCCAGAGUGUUUGCCUACCUGGUGAUGCCAACUGUGCUUGUGGGCAACAUAACGGAGGUGAUCUACCGUACAGCUCAUCAGGAGUGUUGGUGUGCCGCAAGCCAAUAGUAUAUGAAUGUGGUGAAGCUUGCCAUUGUACCCUGAAUUGUCGGAACAGAGUGAGCCAAAAAGGGAUCAGGUUCCACUUUGAGGUCUUCCGGACGGCAAAUCGAGGCUGGGGUCUUCGCUGUUGGGAGCCUAUUCGUGCUGGUGCAUUUAUUUGUGAGUAUACUGGGGAGGUCAUCGAUGAGCUUAAAGUUAACUUGGAUGACAGUGAAGAUGAUUACAUUUUUCAGACUGUGUGCCCUGGUGAGAAGACACUAAAAUGGAAUUUCGGGCCUGAACUGAUAGGCGAGCAAAGCACGUACGUAUCAGCUGAGGAAUUUCAGCCACUGCCCAUCAAGAUAAGUGCAAAAAAGAUGGGAAAUGUCUCGCGUUUCAUGAACCACAGUUGCUCCCCAAAUGUCCUCUGGCAGCCAGUGCAGUACAACCAUGGAGACGACAAGCACCCACACAUAAUGUUUUUUGCACUUAAUCACAUCGCUCCCAUGACAGAGUUAACCUAUGACUAUGGUGUGGUUGGAGAAGAGACCAGUCAUAGAGCCAAGACCUGCCUGUGUGGAUCAUUAACCUGUCGUGGGUUAUUUUGAUGUACAUUUUGGUGGACCAACAUGCAAGCCAAUAAGCUAGAUGUUUCUGUUGCUACCUAGAUUGUACCUAUGUCGUCACAUUGGUUUCUGCGAAGAUGGCGUCGUUUCUGGAGUGAGAAGACAGUAAAUUAUCUUGGAGCUGAGACAGAAUGCCCAUUGCCGUGUUAUUGCCUCGCCAUUUGUUCAGAUACUUCUGGACGAUUGCGUGUAUUGAUGUAUGUACUGCUGCAAAUCUGUCUUGUCUUCCUUUUUUCGCCAACCAUUUGCAACCAUCUGUGUAGUAGGCUAGCGUCAGUUUUAACUGGAUUGGACCUCUGGCUGUUAGCUGCUUGCGACUUGUCCGACUCGAUGCUCGCUGUUAAAACAUGUCGCUUGGUUGUA